GAGAAAAAUUUGGUUCGCCCAAAACGCCCCCGCAUAGCCUGUCCCAUAAAUCGAAGCCUCGCCAAGCUUCGCCUCGAGCCUUCCCAAAAUACACCCGCAAAAUGUCCGCAAAAGGGGAAGAAAGGCUGAGCGCCGCCGCCGAGGAUGGCCACGAAGACGACGACGACCCGCCAUUUCUGAGCUCCCGAGCUCUCGAUGCUCUGAGGGAAUUCCUGACAGAGAAGCAGAGCUCGGCGAGGGUGGAAGAGGAAGAAGGGGAUGGGCGCUCGGAGGAGGUGCGGCUGCUGGCAGAGGACUGGCGGCUGAGCCAGUUCUGGUACGACCGAGAGACGGCGGAGACGGUCGCCGAGGAGAUAAGAGGUCUCUGCGCCUCCACCUCUUCUGUCGUCGCCUGCGUCGCGUGUCCCACCAUCUACGUUUAUCUCAAAAGAAUUGAUCCUGCAAUCCCGGUGCAAUUACUUGAGUAUGAUAAACGGUUUGAACAAUAUGGUAGUGAUUUUACUUUUUAUGACUACAAUCAGCCGGAAGAGUUGCCCUCUGCAUUAAAGCAUGCCUAUCAAGUUGUUGUUGCAGACCCUCCUUACCUGAGCAAGGAGUGCUUGGAGAAAGUAGCCCAGACAAUUUCUUUCCUAGCCCACCCUAAGGAGCCAUACUUUUUGUUACUCACAGGAGAGGUGCAGCAGCACAGAGCUGCAGAGCUAUUGAAUGCGUAUCCAUGUGGCUUCAGACCGCAGCACUCCAACAAACUUGGAAAUUCGUUCCGGCUUUAUACAAAUUAUGAUCCUGCAGAGAGACUGGGCGGCUGGGAGCGAUCCGGCUAGUUAUGGUAGCAUGCUCACUCUUCAAGUUCUAAAGCAGACUCUUUUUCUUUUCCUUUCUUUCUUAUUUUCAGUAAUGAAGUGAAACAGACAUCUAGAAUGAAGAUGAAUUGAGGCUCAUUUUUCAGUUUUCAUUUCCAAAUUUUUAAGCUCUAAAACAGGCUAUGUCUUUUCCUUUCUUCUUUAUUUUCAGUAAUUGAAGUGAAACAGACAUCUAGAAUGAGGGACGAAUUGAGGUUCAUCCUUCUGUUUUCAUUGCCAAA